AUGGAUCCUCAUCAUGAUGUACCAAAUUUGGGACCCAACCUGAUGGUUGGAUUGUGGCUUUGUUGUUCGUUGGCCUGUGUAUUCUUAUCUCUGCGGGUAUACUGCAAGUUUAAGCGGCAUGUCUCGCUGCAAUAUGAUGACUACCUGCUCAUCAUCUCUUGGGUCGUCCAAUUGGUUUGCAACGUUUUGGUCAGCAUCAACGUAGCGGUGGGGUUCGGGAAACACACAAAAGAUGCGGUUCUGGAGUAUGGUCCUGGAAACCAGGUUGCUGUGACUUUAAGAGAAACCAUAGUUGGUUUCUUGCUAACAUUGGCAAUCUCGUGGAGUAAAACAUCUUUCGCGGUUACCCUACUGCGCAUUAUGCGAGGGAAAAUGAAGGUGUUUCUUUGGGUGAUCAUUGUUUCUAUGAAUGUUUCGAUGACACUUGGGGCACUAGCCCUCUUUCUUCAAUGUUCUCCUGUGGCGAAAUCUUGGGAUGAAACUAUUCCCGGUGUCUGUCGGCACGACUUCAGCAGGAUCACUGGCAUGUUCUCUUCGGCAUAUUCGGCCUUGAUGGAUUUUGUCCUUGCGCUACUUCCAUGGCCACUUAUCUGGCAUCUUAAAAUGAAAACUAAGGAGAGAGUUGGAGUAGCGGUUGCUAUGAGUAUGGGGAUGUGUGCUGGUGCCACCGCAAUCGUGAAGUGCUACUACCUACAGAGACCUCAUGGCGAGGACUUCUUUUAUGAGGGAGGUAAUCUGGUCAUUUGGGGUAGCGCUGAGGUUGCUACAACCAUCAUGGCCGCUUCUAUCCCAGUUCUUCGAGUGUUUAUACGCGAUAUCAGGGAAUCGGUUGCUUGGGUUCGCGAUACGGGAUCAGUUAGGGGCGCGUUGAGAUCACUAGGGCGGAGGUCAAGACGAAUAAGUGGCCAAACUCCUUUUGCUGGUCAACGGCCGCGGAUGUUGCGAUAUUCGAAUGAUCAAGAGAGCCACAAGACUGCUUUGAGCUGGGCCGGUUCCGGAGGGAUCACGAGAACCCAAGAGGUGCACAUCAGCUUUGACAUUCGAAAUACCGUACACUUUGACGACGGAUUCGAUCCAGACGGCUUUGGGCACGAUUUGGAUAGGAUAGAAUUCGGAAGAGCUGUAUAG